CGCGUCUCUCCAUAAAUACCCUCCCAGUAGACAGAACUCUCAUCUGCUGCCUCCUCUCCUCCCUGCGCGUAAACUCAACCGAUCAGACGGCAACAUGGCUAUGAUGGUGAAGAACAGGCCCCUGAAGGUGGGCCACACGUUGACCGUCACCGGGUUCCCCAAGGCGGAUGCUAAACGCUUUCAGAUUAACGUCCUUUCCGGAUGUGACAUCGCGUUCCACAUGGGCGUGCGGUUCGACGAAACAAGUGUGGCCUACAACUCGUGCCUGGCGGGGUGCUGGGGGGCCGAGGUCCGCCAGGGGGGGUUCCCCUUCAAACACAAUGAGCUCUUCAAGUUCACCGUCACCCUGACCCAUGAGGAGUUCUUGGUGCUCCUGAGCGAUGGCUCUGAGGUCCACUUCCCCAACCGCCUGGGGGCGUGUGAGUACCUGGACUUCUCCUUCGACGACGGCGUCCUCAUCCGCAGCUUUGAGAUCAACUAACCCUGAGCUGGAUCUCCUCCUUCAGUCUGGUGGCCUCUCCUCACAGCAGACCGGUUCACAGGCAGAUGAGAACCACUCACUUCAUCAACCUCUGACAUCCCUGUGUUAGAUGUUUUUUACAAAGCUUUUUCUGCAAUGGUAAAACUGAUUGAUUUGUUUUGUUUGGGCCUUUGUAUUCCUUUGAGAACAUCGGCCAUUGAUGAAUCGCUUCCACCAUGGCCUGUCUUGGGCCAUCUUCUCCAUCUGUUGCCCCGUCAGCCCUUCCGCCUUGAAUUGUAAAACUGAUGUGGAUUAAAAAUGAUAUUUUUAGCAAUGAUAA